UUGGUGCCCAGCGGGCGGCCGCGGCUUCUACUGCGCAGUACCCAUUGCACAUGCACGAGUAGCGCUGCACUUCAUGAAUGGUCCUGUAGUCUUCUGGACCUGUCACGUGCCACAAAAGACUACAGGGAGGGAGGGAGGGAGGACACCUUCCGUUUCUGAUCGCCUAGGCGAUUGGACCGGAAGUGGGAGCGGGUACCUGUCAAAUUUGAGUACCCACUAGCCCCCGCCCCAAUCCCAAGGUGCCAAUCCUUAAUGGGGAGCAGGAGAGCAGUCCUUAAAGCGAAACUUCCCCUUUUGGGUGGAGCUCCGC